AUGAAGUACGCCGUAUCAUCUGCUGCCCUGGUGGCAGGCGUUGUAUCCCAAGCUACUCUCGAACCCGUAGACUUCAAUGUAACUGAGGCGUUACUCAAAAAUGGUGUGAAUGUAUCGGCCAUACCCUAUCUUGCGCCAUUCGUGGAACGCUCCUCGUCAAGUGGUUGUUCAGCAGCCUGCGCGUCUCUGGGAUUGAUCUUCGGCGACGACAAGGUCGAAACGCAGUCCGAACCUGCGUACAAUGCUUUCCUUGACACUUACUGGUCUGCUCAACAGGCAGACAUCUCGCCGAAAUGUGUCUUCAAGCCAGAGAAAGCCCUCGACGUAUCUACCUCCGUACUGCUAUCUCGACUCACACAGUGCCCAUUCGCGGUGAAAAGUGGAGGUCAUUCUGCUGUACCCGGAGGCUCAAACAUUGGAGGCGGCAUUACUAUCAGCUUUGAGAAGAUGAACCAGACGAUACCUUCUGAGGAUAGGAAGAGUGCCUCGUUCCAACCGGGGCAAACUUGGUACGAUGUGUAUACCAAGCUAGAGAAAUACCAGCUUACCAUUAUUGGUGGCCGAGUUUCUGGUGUAGGUGUGGGUGGUCUGACGCUCGGCGGAGGCAUCUCUUACUUCUCGAGCAUUUACGGGCUGUCAUGCGACAAUGUCAUCUCCUUCGAGCUGGUCACGGCAACCGGAGCGGUAAUAACCGUCAGCAAGAAUUCCUUUCCCGACCUUUUCUGGGCUCUUCGAGGAGGUGGAAACAACUUCGGACUCGUUACCAAAUUCAACGUCAACGCACUUCCGAGAGCUGAUACGAUGUUUGGUGGAUCUCGCUCAUAUCCCGAAAGCGCAUUCCCCGCGUUGCUUAAAGCCUAUUACAACCUCGGUAUGAACGCCAAUCAGGACGGGAAAGCGCAUCAGAUCUUGUCAUUCGUCGCAUAUGGAGGUACACCGAUGUUCGCACUCGUCGAGCUUGAGUAUUCUGACCCCGUUACGAACGCCACCAUUCUGGAGGAGUACAAUGCCAUCGAAGGCGCCACCAGCGACACGACAGCCGUCAGGAGUCUCCCGGAACUCACCACGCUGAUUGAUGGCAACGGGAAAUAUGACGGCAAGCGUCAGGCUUUCUGGACUUGGACGACUAAGCUGGAUCUCGAAUUGGCUACACUCUUCAAAGACAUCUUCUCUGAGGAACUCGAAAGCGUCGCUGACGUAGCGAACCUGACGAUCGGUUUCAGCCUCCAGGUUAUCACCGACCCAAUACUAGAGAAAACCAAAUUGAAUGGCGGCAACGCACUCGGACUGGACCCUAACGAAGGCCCUCUCAUGCUGUGUCUGGUGUCUCCAAGCUGGAGUGACAGUGCGGAUGAUGAGAGGAUCAACAAGUUUGCUGCUCGCAUCGUGGAUCGCAGUGUGGAAGCUGCCAAGGCUGCCGGUAAGGCGAAUGGCUACUUAUACAUGAACUACGCCAGCCCGUGGCAGGACCCUAUUGCUGGGUACGGUUCCGAAAACCAGGCUAGGCUGAAGGCCAUCUCCAAAAAGUAUGAUCCUACUGGUGUGUUUGAGAUCCUCCAACCUGGCUACUUCAAGCUCAACGGCGCGCCAAGGAACGACUUGUAA